CGAAAAUGACAGUAAUCAUUAAAGGAAAGGGCGAGAGAUGAAUUAGAUCCGGUGAUCGGAAAGUUGGAUACCGAAUUACCGUUUAUCUCACUCGAGUAUGCUCCGCCAUGUAGCUCGUAACGAGCUCUGGUUUGAUUCUAAAAUGGCGGAUCCGUCAAUAAUUUCGAAUGCGAGGUUCACAUAUGUACAUGAUCAUCACAAACACGCUGUCGAUACUCAUCACAUCAUCGCUCGGAGAAGUACUCUCAAACCAAUCGUCCUAUACCUGAUUGCGAUACUUCUCGUAGCGUAUUCUGUAUUUCUGCAUCUCGAUAAGGGAAAGCCAGUGACCACUGUUAUAUGGAGCUUCUUUUUUAGUGCUAUUAUGGUCAAAUUGCUUAUCUGGAGGCCGAUUGUGAAAGAGUCGGUCGUAAUUAUGCCUGAAUUUGGAGUUCAGCUUGAAACUCAUUAUGGAAGUGGAAGGAUAAACCGGCGCUUUAUUCCUGUAAGCAAGAUUCUUAAACCGGUGCUGAAUGAAUGCGUUACCCCAGUUACUUGUUGCUGGUGCCUGUCUUUCUUGAUUCGGGAUGAAAACGAGCUUACUUUAGUUUUCAAGAAAUUUCGCCCACCCUUGAAAAUGUUAGUACCCAUCUGGAAAGCUUUAUGUGUUGCAACUGAUUGUAAAGAAAGCUUUGAGAUUCAAGAAGAUGGGUAGGUUAUGCUGAGAACCGUACAUCGUAUUUCAACAAAUUCUUGCAUGUAAAAACACAAACAAGUUCUCGAUCAAGAUAUACGCGUCCGCUUUCUUGCAUGAUGUUCAUGUUCUAAACAAGAACCCGAAAAAACAACAGAAGGAUGAUUUUGUUUCAACAAUGUUCAAGGUCUUCUUACAAUGUACAUUAUAAAGAUUGUUUGUUAGACAACCAUUUAGUUCGUUUUUUACGGUUUGAAACAUUAAAGUGGUUGUUUGAUCGUUUAACAGGUUGAUCGGUUUGGUAGUUAUGUA